AUGAGUCUGUUUGCGUGCCCCAAUUCCUCGCGGGUGCUGCUGAGGUCUGCUCUCCAGAGAGCAGUAUUAAAGGCAUCAUCCUCUGCGAGCCAACCGUCUAUACCAGCCCGAUGGAUAUCCAGCUACGCAUCUAGGAACCGAAAUGGCCUACUACAAUCGAAUGCCAAUUGCCGAAACACCCUUUUUGGAAACAACCAUACCUCGUACGAGACCCGACGAACGAUAUUCUUCGAUAAGACGAUCCGGAACUACGAGGAACUACCGAAAGACUACCGGGACCAGGUCGGCCUACAGUUCAGAAGUAAAGAUUUGUCCGAGGCGGAGGUAGUGAAGGCGUUUGGAAAGGGCAUCAAUGCCAAGAGAGCCAACCAAUUGCUACACAUUCUCCACGGUCGUCGGGUCGCCGGUACCCUCGAAGAUCCAGCCUUCGCCGUUCAUACAUCAUCCUUCACAAAGGGCCAAAUUGCCAAGGGACUCGACUUCCUACGAGAAACAGUGUCCGUCGACGAAGUGAUGAACGCAGGCCUUCGAGCCGAAGACGAGCUUGCACAACUAGAGGCAGAGAAAGAAGCUGCGGAUAAGAAGAAGGCGAGAGCGGCGAAGAAGGCUAAGGGCGAGGCUGAGGUUGAGGAACCACCUGCUCCGGUUUAUAAGCCAGACCCUGUCUACGGCCACAGCAAGCUUGACGAGCUUCGAGCGCAGAACGUCGCCAAGCGUAAGGCGAGGGAGGCUCUCGAGGAAGAAGCACGCAAGGCGGCUGAGGCGAGGGGGGAGAUGAACUCUGGUCCUUUGGCCAAGCUUGACCACAAGUCAGAACGCCAGAUUGCCAACCCCAAGAUUGCUGAGUACUACAAGAAUGCCCAGUCUGACAUGGAAGCCCCUGUAGAACUCAAGACUUGGGAGCGUGUUCUCCCCUCGGCUACUUUCGUUGUUCUCGUUGUUGGAUUCCUCGCCGCUGUUACCACCGUUUACGAAGAGCCUGCUCCUAGGUACCGCGUUUUCCCUGAUAUCUCUACUGCGCAUGCCACACUAGGAGCCAUUGUUGCUGUCAAUGUGAUUGUCUGGGCAGGAUGGAAGGCGCCUCCUCUGUGGAAACUCUUCAACCGGUAUAUGAUCAUUGCCGUUGGCGCUGUUAAGCCUGUUUCGAUGUUCACUGCACCUUUCUCCCACCAGUCUAUGAACCACUUGGUUAUGAAUAUGCUGCCUCUUUUCUUCGUUGGCACCGCCCUUCACGAGGAUAUCGGCCGUGCUGACUUCCUUACCCUCUUCACGGGCUGCGGUGCGAUCAGCUUCGUGGGCAGUGUUGCUACGUACGCUAUGCGAGGCAUGCUGGGCGUCACUACUCUGGGCGCUUCAGCGGCGACACUGGGUGUAUGCGCCGCGUACUUUUGGGACCACCGCCUUGAUGGGUUCAGGUUCUUUGGACUGCCACAGGACGGUGUGCCAGGCAUCAUCUUCCUGGCUUUGCUGUGUGUGCCGCAACUUGCCGCUUUUGGCAAGACGGUCAAGUUCCAGAUCGACAUCGCAUCGCACUUGUUCGGUUUGGUAUCAGGUGUGCUUGGUAUGGAGCUCAUCAACUACACAAGAGGGGAUCGUGCGAAGAAGGUGAUCGAUCUAGGCAACGAGCAGAAGCAAAAUGCACGACUGCCUCGAUACGAAGAGUCUUCCAAGGGAUCUGAUUAA